GGCACACCCACCCGCCGCCCGUCACUGUGGGAGAGUCGCUUGGGCCUAGUUGUGGGCUUCCUGCUCCCUCAGCUCCGCCUCGCCUCGCUCUGGCCGGACGGGGGAAACACUUCUCAGUCACAGAACAAAAGCAACAACGGGCAGACGGCGGGGGGACGGCGAAGUAACGGCGACUCCCAAGUCGGUUCUGGAGCCCGGACGCAUCGAGAGACCUCACGCCAUCCGCGGCGACGGAUACUCGACGAGCGAAGUCGCGCGCGAAGGCGUCAAACUUGGUCGCGUCGCAGGGUUUGAACAGGCGCCCGUGGUCCGUCGAGGCGCUCGGGGGACGAGGCGAGGGGCACGGGGACGGACGGUAUUGUUUCGCUGCUCUUCCUGUAAACUUCGGCCAUAAAAGAAAAAAAAAAAAAAAAAAGCGAGGCGAAGCGGCGGAGCGGAAACUCGGGCUCCCCCUUUGUUUUCGUUUCGCUUCAACGGACCUCGUGGAUCGCGGGCUCGUUUUGUCAUUUUCGGGUUUCUGUCGGGGUGUCUUGUCCGUGUGAAGAGGCUACUCUUAUCUUUUGGGACUGAGCACUUGGAAGUGGAACAAAGCCCAAACUGGGAAGGGGUGAGAAAGUAGACCGUGAUGGAUUUCUCAUAGAUGCCCAUUCCACACGCUCCCACCCUUUGUGACCGAUCCCCCUCUCCAACAAAACAAAAGUGACAGAGCCCAUUUCGAUAUCCCAGAUGGCAACCUACAGUGAACAUAAUGGCAGAAAUGGACUGCCGAUAGCAGGAAAAUUAACAAUGAUAGAAUUUGGAGGAAAGCUUGAAGCUAAACGUCCCUCCAAGGAUUUGUGCCAUUCUGCCAGCUCGGCUGAAAGCAACGCAAGCGGCGUGGCAAGUUUCACCACUAACCACAACUCUGUUGUGUGCCUGCCUCUGGUGUCAGAGGGACUGAAAUUGGUAUGGACACAGUCUGAUCAGACACGUGAACUUGACACAAUCCCAGAGUUGGUCCAAGCCUUUAACUUAUUUCCAUACCCAUCAUCCCAAGAGGUUAAUACCCUAGCUCGGGUAUGUGCCUUGCCACUGGACAAAGUUAAGGUGUGGUUUAUGGUGCAGAGAAUUAAAUACGGUAUCAGCUGGUCUUCAGAGGAGAUAGAGGAGACACGGCGAAAGCUAGCAGUGCCUGAGCUUUGUGAUGGCUCUACUGAAACAAAUGAGGAUGCCAAUAUCAAGAGCAACAUUUGUGAUGAAUUGGCAAUUGAGGAUACAGAUGGAGAUAAGGUGGAGGGUGCUCCAUCCAGCUUCACUCCCAAGAAAACAAAACCAAAGUGUGAAUCACCAGAUUCCUAUAAACCAGCCAAACCCACCACCCCAUGCUUCAGUUCCACCCUUCCACCUCCUCAGGAUUCAUACUUUUAUCGCCCACCAGCAGACACACCAGCAAGUACAGCAACAGAUGUCUCCCUUGACCUUUCAGAGUCGCCGUCACAACAGCACCGUCAUGGGCGCUACAAGAAGUCUAAAGCUCAGCUCGCUGAUCUUCGAAAGAGCUUCCUGAGAGAGAACUGGCCUUCAGAGGCAGAGCUAAGACGUUUGCAGGAAGAAACUGGACUGAGCCGCAAUGACAUUCGUAAAUGGUUCAGUGACAGCCGUUAUCAGCUUAGAGUUGGCCGAGGAAGCCUGGCAGCAGCCCAGAGCUAUUCUCAACAGACUGCUGUGGGAGGUAAACAUGACCAACAAACUCAACCUCUCCCGCUUAUUACUCAAAAGACACCUCAGCAUAAUAGCGUGAAGGGCCACGAGGGAGCCCGUAGCAGUGGAACUAGAAAUCCACAUUUCUUUCAGGCCUUUUUAUCAAACACCCUGGAAGCAUUUGGGGAAAGGGUUCUUGAGGCAGAAGAGUGUGAUGUUAUGGAGGAGCUUUCUGGUGAUGGGGACAGUUUUAAAGAAAUGGGGCAAAGUGAAGAACAACCCCUACAGUUGACCAAGACCUGCAAGAUUGAGACUGAUGUUCCACAGGAACCAUCGGGUAUAUUUAAAUCAUCUCCCUACUCUUCCCCCUCUGGAAGCCCACCACUGACUAACAAACAACUUUCAAACAGCAGCAGCACAUCAAAGAAGUCAUCCAACCCAGCCAAAGCCAGUCCUUCACAAACACCCAUCCACAUCUCAGGGGCCUCUUCAACUACAUCCACAUCUCCUGCUCUCACUCCUGGGGGGCGACCAAGAAAGACCAAGGAUCAGUUGGACGUGUUAAAGCAGCACUUUUUACGCUGCCAGUGGCCCAAGAGUGACGACUACACUGAACUUGUUAAGCUUACAGGUUUACCCCGGGCAGAUGUUAUUCAGUGGUUUGGUGACACACGGUAUGCUGUUAAAAAUGGCCAGCUGCGGUGGGUAAAGGGGGUCCGUGACCAGUUUUUGGCUGAACUUGCUGCCCAGCAAAGUAGCAGCGGUUUAACUAAUGGAAGUGGCUCUGGGACAUCAACUCGGGUUGGUGGUAGCCGCAAACGAAAAUCUCAGGCAAAUGGAACAGGUGCAGAUUCUCCCGAUACCCAGCCACUGGUAGCAUAUUAUCUUUCAACAGGCUCACUGCAUGAAAGAGACCUUGACUCUCUAUGCAAGAAAUCCAGAAUGAGUUACCAGCAAGUGCGAGAUUGGUUUGCAUCUCGGGAUGUUGGGGACACUGACCAAGAACUUAGUAUUACUGAUUGAGACACUGAAACCAGACAUAAGAAUCGGGCUGUGCGAUAUGACCAAAGUUUCAUAAACCAAUAUAUGUAAUUUCAUAUUCUGAUAAUAAUACACAUAACAAUAAAGCACAUUUCCUGUAAAUUUAAUGAAUAAAUACAUGUAAAAUAAAUAAAUGUGGAUUUCCAUCUCUACUAUGGCCCAGCACACGACUUGAUUGUUUUCAGUCCAGCAUUGUGAACCUUGGGUCAAUCGUUGGCACAAACUCACAAAAGACUUAACCAUGUAAAUUGUGGCCACAUCUUUUCAGAUGCAAGUCUCAACAACAGCCGUUACACCUCCUUCCAUCUUUGCGGUUCUUGCAAUGUCUGAAUUUGGAGUUUGUUUUAAGCACCCAACUGUAUUUCAGUGGCUCUCGUCUGUAGAUUCUUUCCAUACUCUUUGACACAAUCCUUCCGUUCGUGGUAAAAGAGUUAAGCGGUGUUGGAGUCUGUUUGCGAAGUACUUUUUUCUGGUCUGUGUCAGACUUUUCAUACGCAUACAACUUCCAUGCAACAGAAGUAACCCCUCUUUUUGGUAUGUGCUCCUCAUUUUGUCUGGUUGGAUUCCUCCUGUUUGGAACGAUCAUUUUCUGUGUCACAUUCACUCUCCUUCCCAUUUGUUUGGUUGCCUUCAGGUAAAUGUCCUGCUUGCAUCAAUUCCAAGAACAAAAAGCCUCCCUCAAAUUAUGAAAAUUUUUGAGGCUGACAUAAUUAAACAAUACAGCGUAAUGUAAAGGGAUAGAUAUUUUUCUAUCGUCGCACAAUAUGUAUUAACAUAUCACACAGCCCUACUUCAAAACAUUAAUAAACGUAGGUGCAGUGCUCCUCACAUCCUUUGGUUUAAGUUGCUUUAAACGGGGCAGGUUUGUAACAUCCGGUCUUCCCAGUACAAGCCCGAAAUGAGGUUUGUGUUUUUUAUGUGCUGCAUAUCAUGCUUAUCCUAAUAUAUUUGGACUUGAAUUAUAAUUGUGCUGCCCGUGUUGCUGUAAAUAAGACAGUCAAUUGUACACUGGUUAGCGAUAUUUUUUUAGUUUAUUAUAUUUUGUUUAGAUAUCACUACUUCAGAUUUUUCUUAGUAUAUUGUAGCAGUAUAAUUUAAACUGGUUGUACUUUUGGUACCCGACUAUAGCAGAAAAGUAACUGCUCCAGAAAAUGUCUGUGUUCAUGAAUUUGUUGACUGAUCACUGUUUGUCAUCAUUCCUUUACAGCCAAUAAUUCCGCAUCAUUAAAAGCACACUGGACGUGUACACUUUAAAUUGACAUCUUGCACUUUUGUGUCAGGGCCUGCUGCCAUUAUGUUCAUUAAAUCCAAACUAAAACAGUGUCAUUCUUGAUCACGUAACAGUGAAACCGUGGAUCAUGUCUAUUGAAAACUAAAAAUGUUCCAUCUAAUCCUAAUAAUGUCUAGUGUAUUUCUGAAGCACAUUCCUGAUUUCUUUCUUUUAAUCUGCUGUAAUAUUUGGUUGACUAUUUCAGUACUUUGCUUGUCAUUCGCAUUUAACUGCAACUUUUUAACAUUACAAAGAAAGCAGCAUUCACAUCCCUAUCAUACAAAUAUCAGGAUUGUCCGUUUUCAUUUUGAUGUGCACUCAUUGAUUCAGUCAGUAUUUUUAUAUCUCUUAUGUCUUAAUAGGUCUAGGGCAUGAUUUUGUUUAAGAUAUAGGCAAAGUAGAUAAGAUGAUUGCUGGGAGGGAGGGUCCACAUACUGUGUAAGUAGUUAAGGGUUUGAAUCCAAAGCAAAAUUACCAUUCUGUUUCUGCCAAAUCAGAUGAUGAAUUAUAGUAUAAACAUUAUACAUUUGGGUUAACAGUUCAUUUAUUUAUUAGUUAUUUCAUACAUUGCUUUGUGUUGCAAAAUAAAAUAACUCCACACUCUAGGUGACGUGCAGUAGGAAGAAAUUGGCUUUAAACUGAGUCAGAGUUGAGUUCUCUAGAAAUGUCUGGACAGAAGUUAGAUGACCAGAACGUAGAAAAAGCAGUGUGCAUCACUGUAUUGGACAUGAAAAGUGUUAUGCUGUGGGGAAAUGUCCAAAACACUUAGUGUUUUCCUUUACAGGUGUUUUCAAUAUAUUUUGUACUGUUUGAAAAAUGUCAUUUGCACAAUUGUGUCACUGGAAACCAGUAAAGGAUUUGCCUUUAUAA